CGCGUCGCGGGUGGCUGACGUCGCCGGGCCCGGCGUCGCGUCAGGGCUGGCCGGCGGCGGCGACGGCUGAGGAGGCGAUGGCAGCGGACACCGAGCGGGCUUGAGCGCUCGGACCUGCUCCCUACCCGGCGCGACCCCGGGACCGACCCAGCGCUGCGGCCCCGGCUCGUUCCGAUCCUGCUCCCUCCGCGACCGCUGCCUGGGCGGAGGCCGGUGGCGGAGGCCCGGGCUGGCCGUCCUGUUCGCGCCCCGGCUCGGCCCCGGACAGCCCGACAACUGUGCAAAAAAGAGGAGGCCGAGUCGGUAGUGAAAAGAGAAUCCUGAAGAAUAGGAUCUCAAGAUGAGUAAAAAGCCCCCAAAUCGUCCUGGAAUCACUUUUGAGAUUGGUGCUCGUUUGGAGGCACUGGACUACUUACAAAAAUGGUAUCCAUCACGAAUUGAAAAAAUUGACUAUGAGGAGGGCAAGAUGUUGGUCCAUUUUGAGCGCUGGAGUCAUCGUUAUGAUGAGUGGAUUUACUGGGAUAGCAAUAGGUUGCGCCCCCUUGAGAGACCUGCAUUAAGAAAAGAAGGGCUAAAAGAUGAGGAAGAUUUCUUUGAUUUUAAAGCUGGAGAAGAGGUUCUGGCUCGUUGGACAGACUGUCGCUAUUACCCUGCCAAGAUUGAGGCGAUUAACAAAGAAGGAACGUUCACAGUUCAGUUUUAUGAUGGAGUAAUUCGUUGUUUAAAACGAAUGCACAUUAAAGCCAUGCCCGAGGAUGCUAAGGGGCAGGUGAAAGCCCAGCAUCCACUAAGCUGGUGUUGUCCUAGCGACCCAGCUGGAUCGUGUAACCAGUCUAUGGGAAGUGAGGAUUGGAUAGCUUUAGUCAAAGCAGCUGCUGCAGCUGCAGCCAAGAAUAAAACAGGGAACAAACCUCGAACCAGCGCUAACAGCAAUAAAGAUAAAGAGAAAGAUGAGAGAAAAUGGUUUAAAGUACCUUCAAAAAAGGAAGAAACUUCAACUUCUAUAACCACACCAGAAGUUGAGAAGAAGGAAGAUCUGCCUGCAUCUAGUGAAACUUUUGUAGGACUUCAUGUAGAGAACGUUCCAAAGAUGGUCUUUCCACAGCCAGAGAGCACAUUAACAAACAAGAGGAAAAAUAAUCAAGGCAACUCAUUUCAGGCAAAGAGAGCUCGGCUUAACAAGAUUACUGGUUUGUUGGCAUCCAAAGCUGUUGGGGUGGAUGGUGCUGAAAAAAAGGAAGACUACAAUGAAACGGCUCCAAUGCUGGAGCAGGCGAUUUCACCUAAACCUCAAAGUCAGAAAAAAAAUGAAGCUGACAUUAGCAGUUCUGCCAACACUCAGAAACCUGCACUGUUAUCCUCAACUUUGUCUUCAGGGAAGGCUCGCAGCAAGAAAUGCAAACAUGAAUCUGGAGAUUCUUCUGGGUGUAUAAAACCCCCUAAAUCACCACUUUCCCCAGAAUUAAUACAAGUCGAGGAUUUGACGCUUGUAUCUCAGCUUUCUUCUUCAAUGAUAAAUAAAACUAGUCCUCCACAGCCUGUGAACCCCCCUAGACCUUUCAAGCAUAGUGAGCGGAGAAGAAGAUCGCAGCGUUUAGCCACCUUGCCCAUGCCUGAUGAUUCUGUAGAAAAGGUUUCUCCUCCCUCUCCAGCCACUGAUGGGAAAGUAUUCUCCAUCAGUUCUCAAAAUCAGCAAGAGUCUUCAGGACCAGAGGUACCUGACGUUGCACAUUUGUCAUUGGGACCCUGUCUCCCUCUUGACUUAAGUCGUGGUUCGGAAGUCACAACACCGCUAGCCCCAGAUCCCUCUUAUCAUAAUGAAUGCCUCAGAGCAGAAAAGGAAGAUACACAGAUGCUUACAAAUCUUUCUUCCAAAGCAGUGACUGAUGCAAGAGGAGCUCCAGCAGCCUCAGGAAUAUCGAAAAUGGAAAAAAAAGUGAAAUUGGAAGAAAAAACCUCAACUGCAUUUGGUAAGAGAAAAGAAAAGGAUAAAGAAAGAAAAGAGAAGAGGGACAAAGAUCACUACAAACCAAAGCAGAAGAAGAAGAAGAAAAAGAAAAAGAAAUCUAAGCAGCAUGACUAUUCAGACUAUGAAGACAGUUCCCUAGAAUUUUUGGAAAGGUGCUCUUCUCCACUAACUCGAUCUUCUGGGAGUUCUCUGGCUCUGCGAAGCAUGUUUACGGAGAAAAAUACAACAUAUCAGUACCCAAGGGCAAUCUUGUCAGUUGAUCUUAGUGGUGAAAACUUAUCGGACAUGGAAUUCCUGGACGAUUCUUCCACGGAGAGUUUGCUCCUCAGUGGGGAUGAGUACAAUCAGGACUUUGAUUCAACGAAUUUCGAAGAGUCUCAGGAUGAAGACGAUGCCCUUAAUGAAAUUGUGCGAUGCAUCUGUGAGCUGGACGAGGAGAAUGGCUUUAUGAUUCAGUGUGAAGAGUGCCUGUGCUGGCAGCACAGCGUGUGCAUGGGGCUGCUGGAGGAGAGCAUCCCGGAGCAGUACCUCUGCUACAUCUGCCGGGACCCCCCGGGUCAGAGAUGGAGUGCAAAGUAUCGCUACGAUAAGGAUUGGUUGAAUAAUGGGAGAAUGUGUGGGUUAUCAUUUUUAAAAGAAAAUUACUCUCACCUCAAUGCCAAAAAGAUAGUUUCCACACACCACCUGCUUGCUGACGUCUAUGGUGUUACAGAAGUCCUGCACGGGUUACAGCUGAAGAUCGGAAUACUCAAGAAUAAACAUCAUCCCGACCUUUGUCUCUGGGCUUGUUCCGGGAAGAAGAAAGAUCAAGAUCAAGUGGUUGCUGGGGUGGAGAAAAAAAUAACAGUGCAAAACAUAGUUAAUGUGGAAGAAAAGAAGUAUCAUGUACAGAACCACAAAGAACCACCUCGUUUACCCCUAAAAAUGGAAGGAACUUAUAUAACAAGUGAGCACAGCUACCAAAAGCCACAAAGUUUUGGUCCAGACUGCAAAUCUCUCGCAGAUCCUGGGAGCUCAGAUGAUGAUGAUGUUAGUAGUUUUGAAGAAGAACAAGAAUUUCACACGAGAGAGAAAAACCGUUUACGAUAUCCAGUAAAAGAAGAUGGAAGGCCCGGAAAGAAGAAUCCAGCUGAAAGGAAUACAGUAUUUGUUUAUAAUGAUAAAAAGAGCACUGAAGACCCGGGAGACUCGCAUCUUCAGUGGCAGCUCAAUCUCCUUACGCACAUAGAGAACGUGCAGAAAGAAGUCACCAGCAGGAUGGACCUCAUAGAAAAGGAAGUUGACGUUCUGGAAAGCUGGCUUGAUUUCACAGGGGAGUUGGAGCCACCCGAUCCUCUUGCAAGGCUGCCCCAGCUUAAACGCCACAUCAAACAGCUCCUAAUUGACAUGGGAAAAGUACAGCAGAUAGCCACUCUCUGCUCUGUAUGACGGCAGUGAACACGAUGCAAAGAAUGGGGCUCUGUUCAGUCGACUCGCUUUUAUUAUCCACAUGGCUGCUAAGUGGAUAGUUUAAAAGCUUAGUGAUGUUUGGUCAUUUACUGAUUUGUGCCAUCAAUAGGAUGGCACCUUGGAAAGGAAAGUGAAGAACAACUUUAUCAGGGAAGCUAAUAUUAAAAAGCAUUCAUGAGCUAGAUACAAAUGAUAAUGUGCCAUAUGCCCAGGGUCAGUGGAGGUAGAUUAGAAUCUAUGCUGAGGGAAUCAGAUUGGCAGGAUUUUUGAGUAGUUGCUAACAUGAAACACGAGAUACCUGUAGAAAGAAAUAUGGUGCAUUCAUAUAGUUCUUAGUGAAAGAUGUAAGUUUAUAAACCAGCAUUUGGCCAAAACGAAAAUUGUAGAGGAGAUUUAAAUUGUGGAGAGUUCUGUCAGGUUGUUGUAAGAACUGUCUUCUCUGCAGUUGAUCCAGCUGCACUGAAGUUCAGAGUAUUUAAACUUUUAUGGGAUCAUGAACUGUUUCUUAGGUGAUGAAUGUCCUUAACCAGAAAACUGACAGUAGAAGUCUCACUUCUGAGGAAAACAGUUGUGGCAUCCUUACUUCAUUAUGAAUAUAUUUUAAAAACAGUGAAAUAAUUGGAAUCCAUUGCUGGCAUUAGAAGCUCAUUGUAAAAACAGAAUGGCUCGCAGAAUUGUCAGUGUGCCAAAUAACGAUACUGCUGGAAAGAGAGAUUUAAAUACUGUGGGAGUUCUCUCACCCAAGUCUUACAUAAUGCCAUCAGUCCAUCAGAGACGUGUCUAUCCCAUAUACUAUAUAUAGAAUAUAUAUAUUCAGAGUUCAGCAUUCAGGUUUCAACGUACAGUUUGAUCCUGAAUGUGCUUGAUAUUUGCCUUCAGAAAAAAAAAAUGUAAAUAACCUCAGCUGGGAUGAGGAGUGACAAAAAUAACGAAAUAAUUUGUGGCUGUGGAUUUUUUUUUUUUUAAACUGCUGGUAGUGGAAUACUGGAAAAGCUUCAUUUCUGAAGAUGAAUUUUAUUUUUAAAAAAUACAUGAGGCACUCAAAACUUGUAGCUUUGAUCACAAAUGGACAGAUUUCUGAAACCAAAGGCAACUAAGUUGCUGCGUUAGCUCUGCUGGAUCUCGGCCCGGCCUCUGUCUGUCAGUGCUCUUGCGAGCCGUGCGCCGCCCCCGUGCUCGCGCAGGUGUGCGUUCAGUGUGUAUGCUUGUUUGAAACAAACACUCAGCAUACAUGUGUACAUAAUCGACAUAUUUAUAUCUACACAUAUCUAGUUUUAUUACUAUAGUCUAUAAGAGUUGGUGGUUAACAUGAAAUGUUACCUUUUAACAGACUGUUUUUAAAAAAUUAAAAAUGUUAUGUAUAGGUUUUGAAACUUUUUUAAAAAGGGGAGAGAAAAGACUGUUAAGAGGAGGCUAUUUGAUGACAUGUUAACACUUGAAUAUUUUAUGCCUCAUCCUGUUUAUCAGUUCUAGCAAUCUGUAUAAAUGCAUUUUAGAACUGAUAGACAGUCAACUUGAAUUUAUCUUUGAUAAGAAUACAUGCCACUGUACAUUCAGAUAUUAUUUAAAACUGCAAACACACUGUUCUAUAUGUAAGGUACUGUAUGUAAAACUCUUUAUUAAAACAAUUCCACAUAUCAUAAAAUUUCAGCUUGCCUUUUUGCGGCCUUAUAUUUUGAUGUAAAGAUGAUUAAAAGAAUGUGCAAAGUAGUAAUUAGAAAUUUUUAUUGCCUUUUGAGAUUCUCCAACUUGACACAUGUGCCAAAGAUCACAGACAUAAAAUACAGCCCUAUGUAUUUACUUAUGAUGCAUUAACGUUGUCAGAAAUCUUACUGAGAAAUGAAAAGCUUUAGUAGAGGAGAUACAAGGUAGUUAUUAAAUUUGAAUAUUAAAGUAAAAAAAGAUAAUGCCUGUA